GGGCUCACAUUCUUGGCCAGGACAGCCGCGCCAGCGACGGGAGGGGCGGGGCAGCCAACACUUUGGUGGAAGUGGAAGCUUGGGGUUCACGACAUCCUCCUCUCUCACUCUCUCCAAAUGGUGCAGAGAAUUUAGCCCAAAUCCUCACAUUCCCUCCGUCUUUUAAAAAACGCCCAGCCGUAGCCGCCUGCAGACAGCUGAUGCUGCUAAACAAUCCGUUCUUCUUCUGAGAUAAUAGAGGGGGUUCACAAAAAAACAGGAGAAGAGGUUUAACGGGGUGCGGAGGAACUAACGCAUAGGGUGUUUUUCACUUUUUUUUUCUCGUGUAAUAGGGUAUUCCGAAUAAGAGACAAACAUUGCUUGGUGUGGCUGCAUAGCAGAGAAGGCACACGAGGAGGAGACUCGGCGGGAUAUAAUGACUGAGAAAGAAUCGGCAACUGAAAACCUUAUAUCAGAUGCAAUGGCAACUCCUUCUCCUGCCAAAAGUAUGGGUGAGCCCGGGAUCACCCCGCUGUCUCCCUCACACAUCCAGCAGGAGGACACGGACCAGGUCCCCUCAGGCCCCUCCUUCGUGGUGGUGGUGGCCAUCGACUUCGGCACCACCUCCAGCGGCUACGCCUACGCCUUCACCAAGGAGCCGGAGUGCAUCCACACCAUGAGACGCUGGGAAGGUGGAGACCCCGGCGUAUCCAAUCAGAAGACCCCGACCACCAUCCUGCUGACGCCAGACAGGAAGUUCCACAGCUUCGGUUACGCGGCGCGUGACUUCUACCACGACCUCGACCCGUCCGAGUCCAAACAGUGGCUCUACCUGGAGAAGUUCAAGAUGAAGCUCCACACUACCGCGAAUCUGUCCACUGAGACAGACAUCCAGGCAGCCAAUGGGAAGAGGGUGAAGGCCCUGGACAUCUUUGCGUACGCCUUGGCCUUCUUCAAGGAGCAGGCUCUGAAGGAGCUGAGCGACCAGACGGGCGGAGACUUCGACAACAACGACGUGAGAUGGGUCAUCACAGUGCCCGCCAUCUGGAAGAUGCCCGCAAAGCAGUUCAUGAGGGAGGCAGCCUACAAGUCUGGCUUGGUCACCCGUGACAACCCAGAGCAGCUGAUCAUUGCCCUGGAACCUGAAGCAGCUUCUAUCUACUGCCGCAAGCUCCGCCUCCACCAGAUGAUUGACUUGGGCACUCGGACCACUCAGAACGGCCACAGCCCCACCGACAACGUAGGGGGACAGAUGACCCCAGCGAAGGAGCAUGGUCGGCGCAACCGGCAGAGCCGCACAUUUAUGGUGGAAAAUGUCAUAGGAGAGCUUUGGUCGGAGCUGGAGGAAGGUGAUCGCUACGUGGUGGUGGACUGCGGGGGCGGUACCGUUGACCUGACGGUGCACCAGAUCCGCCUCCCAGAGGGACACCUGAAAGAGCUCUACAAGGCCUCAGGUGGUCCGUACGGCUCCAUCGGCAUCGACUAUGAGUUUGAGAAGCUGCUUUGCAAGAUCUUCGGCCAGGACUUCGUGGACCAGUUCAAGGUGAAGCGCCCGGCCGCCUGGGUCGACCUGAUGAUCGCCUUCGAGUCCCGGAAGCGUGCGGCCGCGCCGGACCGGACCAACCCGCUAAACAUCAACCUGCCCUUCUCCUUCAUCGACUACUACAAGAAGUUCAGAGGGCACAGCGUCGAACACGCGCUUCGCAAGAGCAAUGUGGACUUUGUGAAGUGGUCUUCUCAGGGCAUGUUGAGGAUGAACCCCGACGCCAUGAACGCCCUCUUCAAGCCCACCAUCGACCACAUCAUCCAGCAUCUCAACGAGCUGUUUGAGCGGCCCGAGGUGAGCAACAUCAAGUUCCUCUUCCUGGUGGGGGGCUUCGCCGAGUCCCCGCUGCUGCAACAGGCGGUGCAGGUCAUGCUGCAGGGCCGCAGCCGCAUCAUCAUCCCGCACGACGUGGGGCUGACCAUCCUGAAGGGGGCGGUGCUGUUCGGCCUGGACCCCAGCAUCAUCAAGGUGCGCCGCUCGCCGCUCACCUACGGCGUGGGCGUGCUCAACCGCUUCGUGGAGGGCAAGCACCCGCCGGAGAAGCUGCUGGUGAAGGACGGCACGCGCUGGUGCACGGACGUGCUGGACACCUUCAUCGUGGCCGACCAGUCGGUGGCGCUGGGCGAGCUGGUGAAGCGCAGCUACACGCCGGCGCGGCCCGCGCAGCAGGUCAUCGUCAUCCACGUGUACUGCUCGGAGCGCGAGAACGCCGCCUUCAUCAGCGAGCCCGGCGUGCGCAAGUGCGGCACGCUGCGGCUGGACGUGAGCGGCACGGAGAGUGGCGCCGCCCGCCGGGAGAUCCAGACGCUCAUGCAGUUCGGGGACACGGAGAUCCGCGCCAUGGCGGUGGACGUGGCCACGCAGCGCACAGUGCGCGCCAGCAUUGACUUCCUCAGCCACUAGAGAGGGAGACGGGGAGAGAGUUGGGAGCGGGCCAGAGAGAGAGAGAGAGAGAGAGAGAGAGAGAGAGAGAGAGAGAGAGAGAGAGAGAGAGAGAGAGAGAGAGAGAGAGAGAGAGAGAGAGAGAGAGAGAGAGAGAGAGAGAGAGAGAGAGAGAGAGAGAGAGAGAGAGAGAGAGAGAGAGAGAGAGAGAGAGAGAGAGAGAGAGAGAGAGAGAGAGAGAGAGAGAGAGAGAGGAGAGAGAGAGAGAGAGAGAGAGAGAGAGAGAGAGAGAGAGAGAGAGAGAGAGAGAGAGAGAGAGAGAGAGACUCCAGCAAUGACUUCCUCAGCCACUAGGGAAGGAGAUGGGAGGAUUAAAUUAAUCUAAGUUUAUCCGUCUUACAGCUUACACAGUAUACACACACAUUAAUAUACACGCACUACUGUCCAGUGGCAUUUCUUGGUAUAUUCUUGAGCUGGUCUUGGUCAGCGAUCUUGGAGCUUGGCUUGAUGACAUGUGUUUUGUGAGUGUGGUGAGUUGAUAAUGAGGCGUGUGUGCACUGUGCACCCAGUUCAACAACCCAGUAAUAGGAAGAUAGUAGACCAUAGAGGGUGCUGUACUGGGCCUCUGCCCUGUCCAAUCGAGGCAGUCGGUACUUUAAUCAUGUGUGUCUUGUUAAACCACAGACACGCUCUUUAUUCCUCGCGCAUGCGUGUAAAAGCAAAGUGGUUAUUCCUCGCAUGUUUAUCCAGCGCUUCCACUAUCAGACCCCUCGCAUACUCCUGGUUUCUGCGCCUUUACUUUGAAGCUUGGUUUGCUUGUCAGGGUUUGAGUUAUUUAGGAACAGGAGGAUUAUCGGAUUAAAUGAUAUGACCGCAGUAUCAGGUAUUCCAGGGAUUCAUAUGUACACGGUGUAUACUGUAUGUUUAUAACGAUUAUUGCUUAAAAACUGGAGGUUGCAUACACACUUGAAGAAAUAUGUUUUUGAUCAUGUCCCCUUCGAUGCCAUAAGCUGAAUCUACCUACUGGCUGCUAGAUGUGAAACGUUGGGAUAUAUUUUAGCUCUGCAGACAUUUCCACUUGUGAGGAGCUUCGUAAAGUUCAGGAGGAAGACUUUUUUGUUUCUUCAAUUUGAUCAUUUCAGGUUAGUUAAUGAGUCUUAACUUCACCUUGUGUCCCGUUUCAUCCUCACAAACAUUGCAGGGCUGUUCGGAAUAAGCCAACACUAGAAUGUGAAUAUGUCUUUGUAUGUCAGGCCAGUGGGCCGUACUGCUAGCUUCAUGAAACCACCACCAGUUAAGCCAUUAACCUCCAACGGUAUAGCCAGGAAAACACCACAUAAUAGCCAUCCAAUAGCGGAAAUGUUGCCUUUUAUUCAUCCAUGCGUUAUGCUACCGUAGUAUGAUGUUUAUUUUUGAAAUGUGUGAAAUAGGUUUUAGUUUUUAUUUUCUGAUCAUAGGGAACGGUGCACUCCCAUUUGGUGGGCUUUUUGUGUUGGUUUCUGUAAAUACGGUAUUUAAAUGUACAGAUUUUUUGCGCUAUAAUUUUAAAUGCUUUCGACCCGAGAAGGGGAUUGUGUGUGCACACCAUCAUGUGUGUGCUCGCAUUUGAGUGUGUCUGCAAGAGUGUGUGUUUGUGUGUGUGGGUGUUAACUUGAGGCAUUUGCGUGCGUUUGUGUGUGCGCGAGUAUGAGUGUGUGUGUGUGUGUGUGUGUUUCCUGUGGACAUCUGUCACGUUUUUUUUUUUUUAUUCUCACCAGCUGUACCCGCAGGGGUCCAGAAAGGCUCUGAUUGCUGUAUUCACUCCCAGGUUAUUAUGGGAUGCUCUGUCUGUGCUGGCAUUGAAACACUUCCAUGGGUUAUUCCUUUGCGCAUCAAGGUGAAUCCCAUUCUCCACACAGGCCAUCAUUAUGUUUAUUAAAUACCUGUUGAGAGCGACCUCAUGACCCCGUAACCCCAACCCCUAGACCAAUCAGAGGGGUCUAUCCUCUAAUACAAACUAUCAAAGUUGUAUCUGUAUUAGUAGUCACAUUCAUUAAUGAUAUUCACACUUAACCUCUUUACUAUGUAUAGUGUACUUUAUAUAUACUAUACUAUAUGUCGUCAUGUUUGACAUUAUCAUACGUUAACACUUCCACUCUAGUGCUGAGGAUGCCGUUUGGAUGUUUGGAGUGUGACUGCGAAUGAGUUUUAAUGAAGUUAGUGCCUAACGUAUAUAAAACAGAUGUCACUGUUACUAUACAAACACAGAUUUGUGACAGUUUGUGUGUUUGAGUUGGGGUCGGCCCUUCUCAAACAAUCAAAACCUGAAUCCUUCUCAAGCCAACCCCUUCGUUUGUAUUUGUAUAGGUUGCAAGCUAUAUUAUUUCGCCUAUUUAUAGGAAGCCAACCAGCCCACGUAUUAUAAAGGAGUUAUAAUGAUUCACUUUCUUGUUUUAUCUAUACAUGUAUACACCUAUAAUUUACUUUAAAGCUGUGAAUGGAUGCUGGCCUUGUGUAAGUGUCGUGCACCAUGCCUAUUUUUGUCCUCUGUGCUGACCUCUGACCUCGUGCAUGUCUCAGCAUGUGUUGCUUAAAGGAAUGAGCAGGCAUACAAGCGAUCUGUUUGUCCCGGCACCACGGUCCAUGUCUCUUUUGGAUGAGAGGAACGUCACCAAGAGGGCCGGAACAUCCGAGAGAUUCGUAGGAUUCACGUUGCAUAGGGUGUUUUUUUUGUUUUGUUAUUUGCGAGUGUAUUCAUGCAUGCAUUCUGUAUUGAAACCAUGCACAGGGCGCUGUAAAAUUGCUUUGUCACCGCAGUGGUCCUGAACCCCAUCGCAACCACUUUAAAUAAUUCACCAAUCACAGAAUUAUGAAUGUGCCGGAGCACCAUUGCUGCACUAGAACCGUUUCACUCCGUUGUAGCCCACUGUAGACCGCGGCGCGACGGAACCUAGGUUUUUACGUUGAAGGAAAGACCGCAACACUCAGUAGAUUUACUUUUGAUUCUGUGAUUACGGUGUAUAUUGUGUAGCCUUUUUUCUUUCUUUCUUUCUUUUUUUUUGCCAUUCUAUGAUUGAUAAGAUGUUCUGAUGUAGCUGCUUGGCGCUAAAAUAACUCACGGUGAUAUGAAGAAACACGUAUUCUCUGUGCGUAAAGACUAGAACACGAUCCAGGCGCAAAGGACGCGUAAACACUUGAAUUUGAAGGAGUCGGAUUGGGAAUAUCAGAAUGGAUUAGAUCUAUUUAGCUUGCAAAAGUAAAGAAAAAUCGCUUAACGCCGUUCAAAACUAGCAGUAUAGUUACAAAACUUGAAGAUCCUCACUAUCAGAUCGCGAGAUUGUUGUGAUAUUAAUCUUAUCUCUUCUGCCUAUCAUGUAACAGAUAACACUCAUGUGAAGUUUAACACCUUUAACCUUCCAACUCGGGCUCACCGAGGUGCUAUCCAUGGACACUGUUUCACCAAUAAAAUGUGUAUUUCAAAGAA